AUGCUCAAAGUAAAACAGGAAGAAGACGCCAAGCGGAUGAAGAUCGAGGAGCAAAAGCUCGCUCUAGCUGUUAAGAAGGAGGAUAGAGAGUCAAAGCUGGGUGAGGUUAACCUCGUUAUCAUGCAGGCCAAAGCGCGCGAAGCUGUCAUGCACGAAAAAACGCAACUUUUGCUAGCUAGGAGGCAACUUCAGGACGCAGGUGUCAAUCAGGAUGAGAUUGACAAAAUGUUACCGAUAUAG